ACGCACUUCGUCUCGCCUCCUCCUCGUCGUAUCUCUCUUCUCCGCCAGCCAUGGCAGUUCUCUUAAGGCCCCGUUUCCUGAUCACAAUCCUCGCCAUUUCUUUGUUCCUCGCACCGCACGGCCGUGCCUCGAAGCUGCCGUUUCGCCCCACUGAUAUUGCUCCGCUGCUGUUGCCGCAGCUCUCAUUGCCUAUCAUCAACUCUCUGGACAAUGCAGAGAACCUCUUGCCCUCCUUUGUGGGCGCUGCGUCGACCUCAAACCGCAGAACUGUGGAGUGGAGAGGGUCCUGCUUUCGCAGGAACUCUGCUUGGUUGGAGCUCAACAACAAUAGUAAGAGUGCAUUUGGUGGAGGCACUCUUCAUAUCAAGGUAAGCAAAGCACGGAGCUGGACAUGUUUGGAUAUUUAUGUGUUUGCCACCCCAUAUCGUGUGACAUGGAAUUACUUUAUGUUAUCUGGUGAUCAUAAAGUUAAUAUUGAUGAAUGGGCUUCAGAAGCUGAGUUAGAAUACGUACAAAAUACAGGGGUUUCAAUUUUUCUCAUGCCAUCCAAAAUGCUAGUAACCCUUAAUGCACUAUAUGAAGUCUUUCCUUUAUUCACAAACACUGGAUGGGGUGAGAAAGCGAAUAUUAAUUUCCUCAAGAGACACAUGAAGGCUUCGUUUGAGGAGCGUUCUAAGCCUUGGGUUGCACGUAUUUCCACUGAUGAUAUACACUCUGGAGAUUUUCUGGCAAUAUCAAAAAUUAGAGGCCGCUGGGGUGGCUUUGAGACUUUGGAGAAGUGGGUAACAGGUUCUUUUGCUGGUCAUACUGCCGUUUGUUUGAGGGACCCCCAAGGAGAGCUAUGGGUGGCGGAAUCUGGACAUGAUAAUAGCAAGGGAGAAGAAUAUAUUGCUCUCAUACCUUGGCAUGAAUGGUGGGAGUAUGCGUUGAGAAAAGAUGACUCCGAUCCACAUAUUGCAUUGCUUCCUCUGCGUGCAGACCUCCGGGCCAAGUUCAAUGAGACUGCUGCCUGGGAAUACGCUACAAGCAUGGAUGGAGAACCUUUUGGUUAUCAUAACUUAAUAUUUAGCUGGAUUGACACAAUAGAUCAAAAUUACCCUAAACCCUUGGAUGCUCAUCUGAUGGCUUGUGCCAUGACAAUUUGGAGUCAUGUACAGCCUGCAUAUGCUGCUAACCUGUGGAAUGAAGCUUUAAACAAGCGGCUUGGAACUAAGGGCCUUGAUCUCCCUGAAAUUCUUGUGGAAGUUGAACGCCGUGGGUCAUCUUUUGGGGAACUAUUGGCAAUUCCAGAGCAGGACGAUUGGGUUUAUUCUAAUGGGAAGUCCCGAUCAUGUGUUGCUUUUGUUCUUCAAAUUUACAAGAAAGCAGGACUGUUUGGUCGACUAGCAAGGUCUAUUCAAUUCACAGAGUUUACGGUUAAAGACGCAUACUCGUUGAAGAUUUUUGAGGACGAUACAAGGCGCUUACCAUUGUGGUGCAGUGAGGGGGACACAGAGCAACUUCCUUUCUGUCAAAUUCGAGGAAAGUACAAGAUGGAAUUGCCUCGUUACAAUACCAUAGAACCCUACGCUCAUAUGAAUGAAAGGUGCCCCUCUGAGCCUCCAAAAUAUUCCCGCCCAGAACGUUGCUGAUCAUCAACCUUUUUCUUUGCCAGCCUUGUGAGUGUAAUUUGGGCUAUGCAUCUUAUAUGCUGGUAUAGGAAAAGUGCAGUGCGCAAUAAGAUAGUCUCUGUGAUUGAUGGUCGGAUGUAGAUUCUACAUUUAUGGCUAAUUUAUAGAAUUUAAGAGAGCACAUUAAUAACUAA